AUGCAUAUACCACAGAGAAUACAUCCUCUCCGAAGAACAUUAACGAGGGUUUCGACAUUGGCUCCAAACUUCACAAUACCAGAAUCAUAUAAGAAAUCUGCAGGUCAUCGAAUACGUGAUAUUAUUGCCAAGAUAGGGACGUGGAUCGAACCCCUAAAGAAAUAUUUAUUCCCAAACUUUCUUGCAGUUCAUUAUAUUUAUAUCAUUACGAUGACCAUUAUCACAUCGAUUUUAUUAUAUCCCGUAAAGAAUGCAAAGUAUAUAGACAUUCUGUUUCUAGCAACAGGUGCAUCUACGCAGGGUGGUCUGAAUACUAUUGAUGUGAAUUCCUUGACUCUGUAUCAACAGAUCAUUGUUUAUAUUACAUGUUGUUUAACGACUCCAAUAGCUAUACAUGGAUUCUUAGCUUUUGUUCGUUUAUAUUGGUUUGAGAGAUACUUCGAUGGUAUCAGUGAUUUUUCUAAGAAGGAUUUCAAAAUGAGAAGAACGAAGACAAUUUUACAAAGAGAGUUAACAAGGAGGACUCUGACAACGCCCAGGCAACCUUCGAUGAGGUUUGAUUCUAUAGGUCGUCAAGGACAUGAAGGUAAUCGUAAUAUGGACGAAAGUUAUGAAAUGCGUGUAAGGCCCACGAUAACAUUUAGAGAUGACGAUCUAGAUUUAAAUAACAAAACUAAGAAUAAUGAUAAUAGUGGUAGUAACGAUAAUAUCAGUGGUGUAAAAAAUGGAACCUCUAGUAAUUUAUCUUCUCAGGUAGAAUCUUCAAAAAGAACUUUAGCGAUUCCUAAUGAUAACGCUACCAUCACCUCAAGCGAUACCACUAAACACGAUAACUCGAAGGAAAACUCCACUGAUGUAACCUCGCAUAAGAAAGGCGAAGGUAAUAACAAUACCACAUUAUCAGGACAAACUACUACACCUGAUACAAAUCAUAAUAAUACAAAGCGUGAAUCGUCUAAUAGUAAAAAUUUCCAAGAAAAAUUGUUUAGUGGACAGAUGGUCAAUAGAGAUGAAGAUUAUAUCUCUGAAGAAGCUCCCUCUGAUUCGCAAUCAAAUGUUUCAAAGCCUAAACAAGAUUUACAAAGGGCUAAAACUCCCAUAUUAGUGGAUGAUGAUAUAUCUCCAGAACCAAGAAAAUCCAAUGCAUAUUCUGAUUCGAAAAGACAUUUGGAAGGCCAAAAUGAAGAAAAUAAUAUUAAAAAAUCUUCUUCAACAUUGAAUAUGCAGUCCGAGAAGGAAAGGUUCGCCAAAAGGAGGAAUUCCGCAGAGAUCACGCCUCAGGAUAUGUUAAGAUCUCUCCAGAUGUUAAGAGACCAACACGAGGAGACAGAAGAAAAUGACGGACCUGCAUUGGUCAUUCAAGCUCCAAAUGAAAAUAAAAACCAAAAAAAUAUACCUAAACCAAAGACAAUUAAUCCAAACGGUUUAAAUUCAGAAGCGUCGCGGCUAAAUUGGAAUACUUCGCAUAAAAGAUCAGAGUCCGGAGAUUCAAAACGCCCCCGUGUGACACCACAGAGUAUUAACUUACACCCUCAAGAAAGAUUACCAUCAGGAGCUAAUAAUAUAAAAACUGAUGAAUUACAAAUACGUGGUUUAAAUUCAGAUGCUCAUCAAUCUUCAAUUUUGUCAUCGGAUGUUAAUGAUAGUAUAAAUAGUGGUAAUGCCGCAGAUAUAAAUGAUGAUAACACAUCAGACGAAAGUAACCAUUCAAUGGAGAUGGGCGAUUCAUUUGCAAUUUCUGAUAACUCAAUAUCUGACUCAGGUUCUCAACCAACAGAUUCUGAAAUAGAAUCUGAAACCCUUUCUAAUAGAGAUAACAUCUCACCAAGAGAGGAAAGUAGCAUCAAUUCAAUUCCGUCACAACCCAUAAACGAGAGUCCUUUUUCAUUAGUGAAAACUCAGUCGACCACAGAAGUGGUUGCGCAAAAUCAUCAAGAUCUUGAUGAAAAAGUAACUAUGCAUCCUAUAACAGGUGAUUUUGAAGAAAAGCCAACAGUAACAUUUGGUCCUGAACCUGCUCAACAUAGACAAACUAUUCAUUUUGACAUACAACAACCACCGAGAAGACACUUAGUAAAAAUGGAAUCUACCCAGGAAGCACCAACUUGGGCAUCUAAUCGUCCCCCAUUUAGAAGAGCCCCUUCUACGUCCAAGUACUUACUAAAACAACUUCGUAAAGGGAAAAGGUUCAGAAAAAACUUAAAAAGGAGAUUAUCAAGUGGCUCAUUUGAUAAGGAUCAAAAGGACGAUAUUUUGAGAAAGAAGGAUUAUCCCAACAAAAGUAAUAGUCAUAAUCAAGGGCAACACAUGGCUGAAGAUUAUUUUGCUGAUAACGAGACUGAUGAAGAAAAAGAACAUUAUCCUUUACCAAAUAAUUCGAAACCUAGCAUGAAUAAAAUGUUGGCACAUUCUUUGACUUUCGAUGUGAAUGAUGGAGCAAAACUAAAUGAAUUAGCGCAAGAACCAGACUUUCAAAAAAUGGUAUAUAAGCAGUGGAAAAAAGAACACAAGAAUAAGCAUCAUCUUAGAAGUCCAAGAAAAAUGGGUGAAAGAUAUAUCGCCCAGAGAAGAAAGAAUAACACGGACGGUUCAGCAGGGGUACAAAAAUUUAGAACUGAAACAACACAUCCUGCGAUAAUGAAACAAACUACCCAGGAUGAUUCAGUAUCUUUUACAUCCGCGGCAUCCCUCCCUGAUCUAGCUUCUACUAUUUACAAAAAUAGCUCACCAUCGGGCUUACCUCAUCUGCUGUAUGAAUCAACAGGUAACAGUAAUAAGCAUCCAAACGAUCUAUAUCGUCCAAAUAGUAGGUUCACAACAGAUGGUACUUCCCAUGAUGAUGGUUACGAUAAUGACGCUGAUGACGAUAACAAUGAGGGUGACGAUGAUGAUGAUUAUGAUAGGAAUUAUGAAGAUAACGAUAGUCAGCAAAGCUACUACGGUUUCCACCCUGAUGACAAUUUAAGUCCAAAUUUCAUUGAACAAGUCCAUCCUCUCUCAAAGACCAUGAGUUCAAAUUACCUUUCAUGGCAACCAACUGUAUCUCGUAACUCUAAUUUUACUGGUUUGACAAAUAUUCAAAAGAAUGAAUUGGGUGGUGUUGAAUAUAGAGCGAUUAAACUUCUUUGUCGGAUAUUAAUUGUAUACUAUGUUGGUUUCCAUAUUUUAUGUUUUGUAAUAAUGCUUCCUUGGAUAUGUCGCGAUUCGAAAUAUGCGCAUAUAGUUAGAGAGGCUGGGGUUUCCCCAGCCUGGUGGGGUUUCUUUACAUCUAUGAGUGCAUUUAACGAUUUGGGCCUAACACUAACACCAGACUCUAUGGGUUCAUUUAAUACAGCUGUUUAUCCUUUAGUUGUUAUGAUUUGGUUCAUUAUUAUUGGUAAUACAGGUUUUCCUAUUUUGUUAAGAUUUAUUAUUUGGAUAAUGUUUAAAAUAUCUCCAGAAUUAUCGCACAUCCGUGAGAGUUCAGGAUUCUUGUUGGAUCAUCCACGUCGUUGUUUUACUUUAUUGUUUCCCGAGUCAGCCACAUGGUGGUUAUUAUUGACUUUAGUUGUUCUAAAUUUCACCGAUUUUAUUUUAUUCAUUAUUCUAGAUUUAGGGUCAACUGUUUUAAAGCCUAUCUCUAAGGGUUAUAGAGUGCUGGAUGGUUUAUUUCAAGCUGUCAGUACCAGAACAGCUGGUUUCGGUGUUGUGGAUUUAAGUCAGUUGAAUGCAGCAACUCAAGUAUCAUAUAUGCUUAUGAUGUAUGUUUCUGUUUUACCGCUAGCUAUAUCCAUUAGAAGAACAAACGUCUAUGAAGAACAAUCACUGGGUUUAUAUGGGGAGGUGGAAUCAGAGUCAGAGGGCGAAGAGAGUGCGGACGAGGAGGAAGAGGAAGAAGGGAGUGAUGAAGAUGAAAAUGAAGAUGAAAAUGAAAAUGACGAUGAUGAUGAUGAUGAUGAUGAUGAUGACAAAAUUUAUAACUCAGAUAUAGCAGAACGUAGCAAUCACUCGCUGGAAGAUACUAUUGAAGGCAGUUCACAAAGCAAUAAAAGUAGUACUCUAAGCCACAGAUCGUCUCAAAAUAAUAAAAGGAAGAAGAAGAAGAAGAAGAAAAGUAAGAAGAAAAAGAGAAAGCGUGGUUCUGGUGAACCUGAAAGUGAACAUAUGUCCACAAAAUCAUUUAUUGGGCAACAUUUAAGAAAACAAUUAUCAUUUGAUUUGUGGUUUGUGUUUCUAGGUUUAUUCAUUAUCUGUAUUUGUGAAAAUGAUAAAAUUAAAGAUCAAACAAUGCCUAACUUCAAUGUCUUUUCUAUUCUAUUUGAAGUGGUAAGUGCGUACGGUACUGUAGGUUUAUCAUUAGGUUAUCCAACUACAAAUCAAUCUUUUUCAGCACGUUUUACGACCCUAUCAAAACUAGUCAUUAUCUGUAUGUUGAUAAGAGGUAGGAACAGAGGUUUGCCAUAUUCGUUGGAUCGUGCCAUUAUCUUACCCAGUGAGCGACUUGAACAUAUCGAUCAUAUUGAAGACUUAAAACUAAGGAGACGUAAAGAUCAUUUAGAGAAUGUUGAUCCAUUGACAGGAUUAUUCAGGAAAUCAAUGAAAAGAUUUACAAAAAGGGUAGAGGAGACGCCAAUAUAUCGGACCUUUACACAAGAUUUCAAUCAUCAAGAAUCGUCAUAUCAACAUAAUAGUAAUCAAUAUUAUCCACAUCAACAGCAGCACCAUCAGCAUCAGCAUCAACAUCAGCACCAAACACAAUAUCAACGUUAUCAGCCUCAAAAUGAUGAUUAUUUCACAGAAGAAGGUGAAGAGUUCUAUAACAAUAACGAUACUAGAGGUAACAGUUACGAAUCGUCAUUGAGAACUACCACUUCGAAUUCUGGGCCUUUGAACGAUGUUCAAGCACUCGAUACUGAAGAAUCAUUAAGAGAUCGUCAACAGAGAAUCGAUAAUGUCAUGGUAUAG